AUGUCUUCGUCUUCUUUUUCUUCAGCAAUCUCUUCCAAAAAAAAAAAGUCUGAAUUUCUAGAGAAGUAUGAUGUAUUUCUCAGUUUCAGAGGUGAGGAUACCCAUGAUACAUUUGCUAGCUAUCUUUAUGCAGCUUUGUCUGCAAACAAAAUCUUGACUUUUAUGGAUUGCCAACUUGAGGGAGGUGAUGAAAUUUCAUCCACACUUAGAAAAAGAAUUAAGGAAUCCAAGAUUUGGGUAAUCAUUUUCUCCCAAAACUUUGGUUCGUCCACAUGGUGUCUGAAUGAACUGGUGCAUAUACUUGAAUGCAAGAAACGAAAUGAGCAGACUACUGUUUUGCCCAUCUUUUACGGCAUAGAUCCAUCGACUAUAAGAAAGCAGGAGGGUAGCUAUGGAGUUGCAUUUGCAGACUUGAAAAACAUUUUGCAGACAGAAUGGACAAGAGGUGCAUCAAUGGAGAAGCCUGAGUGCAAAUUGGUUGAAAAGAUUGUUGAAAACAUAUCAUUGAAAUUGACUAAAUAUCUCUCAAAAGAGAAUUCCCUUAGAAGCCACCUCAUUGGAAUUGAAGAAAAGAUCCAUGAAAUUGAAUUAUUAUUAUCUAUUGGCUCAACAAAUGUUCGCAUUAUAGGCAUAUGGGGCAUGGGAGGUAUUGGUAAGACCACCCUUGCUAGUGCUGUAUAUCAAAGAUUAUCAUAUUGUCACUUUGAAGGUCGCUACUUUGUUUGGAAUGUUAGAGAAGAAUAUGCAAGACAUGGACCAAAUCAUUUGAGAAAAAAACUUCUAUCCGAGUUGUUAAAUGAUGAAGCUAUUCUAAGGAUGGAUACCCCAUUUGUAAUAUCACCUUUUAUUCUUGAUAGACUUAAACGUAAAAAGGUACUCGCUGUUUUGGAUGAUGUGGAUAAUUCAAUCCACUUGGAUGCUUUAGUUGAAGGAUAUAAUCAACUUGCUUCUGGAAGUAGAAUCAUUGUUACAUCUAGAAAUAAGCGAGUCCUUAAGAAAGUAGCUGAUGAUAUUUACAAGGUUGAGAGGUUAAAUCAGAAUGAAUCUCUUGAGCUCUUCCACUUGCAUGCUUUUCGUAAAAAUAUUUCUCAAGCCAUUGAUGAUGAAAUGGUGUUAGGAGUGACAAGUUACGCAAAUGGAAACCCAUUAGCUCUAAAGGUCUUGGGUUCGUUCCUUUGCUCUAGAAUUGAAAAAGAUUGGGAAAGUGCUUUGAAGAAGCUGAAAAGAAUUCCAAACCCAGAAAUUCAAGAUGUAUUAAGAAUCAGUUACGAAGGACUAGAUGAUCAAGGGAUCAAGGAUACAUUUCUUGACAUUGCUUGCUUGUUUAAUUCAACUUUUUCCAGAGACAUUGCAUUAAGCAUACUAGAUGAUGGUAAUUCCUUUGUGAAUAUAGAAAUAAGUGUUCUCAUUGUUAAGUCUUUAAUUGAGAGUAAUGAAGAUCCUGUCGACAAUUUGCUAUGGAUGCAUGAUUUGAUAAGACAAAUGGGUCGGGCAAUUGUUCGAGAUGAGCAUAUACAAUCUAGUAACUGUAGUAGAUUGUGCGAUGCGAAGGCAUUUCGUAACGCAAUAGAAAAUCGAAUGGGAACCACAGCAGUCAAACUCAUAUCAUUGGACAUGUCUGAAAUUAAAGAAAAUGUAAAUUUGUGUCGUGGAGCCUUCUCAAAUAUGCACAACCUACAAAUUCUGAAAAUUUAUUGCUGUGAUGAUAUCGGUAUAUCUGAGUUUGUCAAAGUUUAUACUGACAAUAUUGCUGGCCAUGAGUUUAAGCUGUCCACUCCUAAAGGUCUUGAUCCUUAUCUUUCUGAUAAGCUAAGAUACUUCCAGUGGGAUUUCUACCCUUUGAAUUCGUUGCCCUCAAAAUUUAACCCGCAGAAUCUUGUUCAACUUGUACUUCGUGGAAGCCGUGUCGAAAAACUUUGGAAUUAUAAAGUUCAGCCGCUUCCGUUGCUAAGAAUGAUUGAUCUGAGUUAUUCCAAGUUCCUUACUCAAUUACCAGAUCUGUCACAGGCCCAAAAACUGGAAAGUAUAAAUCUUGAAGGCUGUACAAGCUUCGUUCAGGUUUUUUCAUCUCUUCAAAAUCUGGACAAGCUUACUUAUCUAAAUUUGAAUGGCUGCUCAAAACUUAGAGAUUUCUUUAGAAAGGCAUCGAAGAGUACAGGACAACUAGAGCUGGGAGGUUGCCUAAACCUGGACAAAUUUCCAGAAAUCUUAGAGCCUAUGGAACCCUUGACAUAUCUGGAGUUAAACGAAACAGGGAUUAAAGAGUUACCAGAGUCAAUUGAAAAUCCAGUUUCUCUCAAAGUAUUAUAUAUAGAAGGAUGCAAGGAACUUGAGUCUCUACCCAACAGCUUGUGUAAUUUAAAGAAUCUUGUGUUGUUAGACCUUGGGUUAUGUUCGACACUUCAAAAAUUGCCUCCUCUUCCACCCUUUUUGCUCAUCUUGAAGUUAGAUGAAUGUGAGAGAUUGAAGUAUAUACCAGAGCUUCCAUCCCUAUUAUUUAGUCUGUCUGCAAGAUGCUGCACGUCACUGGAGUACAUCUCAAAUUGGAGGGAUCCAUCAUCACAAGAUGUGAAUACACUUGACCAUAAAUUCUUUUAUGGAGAUGUUGACUUUGAUGGUUGUGAAAAAUUGGAUCAGAAUAUACGUAACAGCAUACUCGAUGUUAAACGUCCAGUACUUCAAGUUCUCCUCCGAACAAACACUACUGUCCCAAAUUCUCAUGAUUUUCUUUAUCCGGGAGUUCAAACUCAGAAGAUGCUCCUUGGUGGUAGUAGUGAUAAGAUUAGUAGGAUUACAAUCGAGAUUCAGACUUUUCGGCCAUAUUGUAAUAACUUAUUGAGUCAUGCAACCUGCAUUGGUUAUGAACGCCAUAAAAGAGGGCAUCAUGUAUCUCUUUGUCUUGAAGAUAAACUCAAUUUACUCGAUUACAAAACCAUCGGUGACGGUGAUGUUCGUUUGUACCAACAUCAUGGUUCGGCUCUUGUGGAUAACAUGGUUUUUUCAGAUCACGUGUUCAUGUGUUAUGCCACAGAACCAGGACCCACUUCUCUAGGUUGUUCGUUCAGCUACACAUUCUAG